ACCUUCCCCAAUCCGCGGUAGUCGCCCCCUCACUGACACGUCUUGCUCAACGACAACGAGUCAAAUCAUUCAUAGGAGGUCAUGGCACAAAUAGAGGAGGUUCAUGAGCCAGCGAAGAAGGUUCCACGAAAGAAAAAUGUACCAACAUUCGUGAAGUACUACUUAAUCCUCUAUAAUGCCCUCUCAGCCAUAGCCUGGUCAUACGUCUUGAUCGGCACCCUGGUCCACCUCUUCGCGCUAGACAAUUGGCGAUCACCUUCGCUCCUGUCCACUCUCUCGCGCAAACGAUCGUCAAUACCUUACCUAUCCUCUGCAGCUCCUUUCCUGGGGUUUGGGUCAUCAAGGUUCACAUGGAUCGAGUCAAAACUCCCGGUGGCUUUGGUGCCUGUAUUCCGAAGAGCGACGACGACGUAUGCGAGGGUUGGAUAUCAGACAGCUAUCAUCCAGAGUUUCGCGAUUCUGGAAGUCGUACAUGCUUUGCUUGGAUGGGUGGGGAGUGAUCCGAUGACUACGCUUAUGCAAGUAGCAUCGAGGUAUAUGUUGGUUUGGGGAAUUGCUCCCCAGUACACCGCCGCACAAACGACUCCGUUCUAUGCUUCGAUGGUACUCUCAUGGUCGAUAACUGAAGUCAUCCGAUAUGCACACUUCGCGAUCACGUUAUUGGGUUAUGAACCUUACGUCUUGCUUUACCUGCGAUACACGACUUUCUACUUGUUGUACCCUACCGGCGCGUCUUCAGAGGCUUUUUGCAUGUAUGCGACAUUACCUUCUAGCGGUGAACCUUGGAGUCUGUAUGAUAUCUUCCGGGCGGUGUUGUUUGGCAUUUGGUGGCCUGGUUUGUAUGUUAUGUAUAUGCAUAUGGUCAAGAGACGGCGUAAAGUUCUCGGGGGCGGGAAAGGCCGAACACUCGGUGCUAAACCAAAAUCUCUAUAGAAUUUGCAGGGUUGUGGAAUAGAUUAUGUUCGUGUUUUCCUUUCGUAUUGGAAUUGUCGCUCUCUCUAUCAUCGUCCUGUAAAGUAGUGAAACGGAGAGACGCUCUGUCUUACUCAAGCUAUAAGUAUACGCCCUGCUGAAUUUCUUAGGCUUC